AGAUGUUUUCAGCAACUGGAUUAAGAGUUGGAUUUGCUAUAGGAAAUGAAGAUAUAAUUAAAGGAAUGAAGGCUGCAUAAACUUAUCAUAUAUUUUGUUUAAAUCCUGUAAAUUAAACAGCAACUGCAAGAUGUUUAGAUUAUACAGCAGAUGGUCUUUAUUUUUAUUCUCUUCGAAAUUUAUAUUAAUAAUAAGCUACAAAGUUAUUAAAAGGAUUGAUAGAUAGCAGAUUAAACUUUAAUUAUUGGGUUCCUUAAGGUGGAUAUUUUGUUGUAACUGAUAUAUCAAAUAUUGAUAUACCUAACAAAUAUUUUAUUUAGAAUGAUGUGAAAGUUACUAGAGAUUUUGCAUUUGCACAUUAUAUGAUUAAUGAAUUUGGAGUUGUUUGUAUUCCUUGUUCUCCUUACUACGAAAAUAAAGAGACAGGUUAAAAUUUAGUAAGAUGGGCAUUUUGUAAGACAGAUGAGACAAUUUCAGAAGCAAUCAAUCGUCUUAAAUGA